UUCUUUCUGAUGGUGGCACUAGCGAUAUCACAUCUCAGGGAGAUACCACAGAGUAGGAGAGUUGGAGAAAUGUUUACGUGAGACGCAGAAGUAGUCAAGAAAUAUCACUCGGGUCUCAAGGAAGGCGGGAGAUGAAGCCGGUACCACAGAAAGCCGAGCUUCCCGGUGAAAACAGCUCUCCCCAGAGAAGACCCUGCUCUGGCGGGAAAGCCCCGGAAUCGCAACCGGCCUUUCCCCAAGUACGGCUGGGCGCUGGGAUGGGGCCUGCUGUAACGGCAGGGAGACGGUCUCUCCGCGGCCCAGGAGAGAGAGACCAGAAGGAACGGCCUCAGGAGGCAGCCAUGCAUAAAGACGAGUUUCAUCUGAAAUUUUUCAUGUGUGUGAUUCAAUCUCGCCAGUUAGUCAGGACUCCUCAGAGAACAGCUGGGGAAGCUUCUACUUCCAGCAUGCUCAUACCAAAGCCACCACCAAAGACAGACAUCUUGAAGAGUCUAGAUACUAUGGAUGAUCCAGACACCGUGGGAAGCAUACCUGUUUUCAAAACUGAGUGGAUCAUGACCCAUGAAGAGCACCAUGCAGCCAAAACCCUGGGGAUUGGCAAAGCCAUUGCUGUCUUAACCUCUGGUGGAGAUGCCCAAGGUAUGAAUGCUGCUGUCAGGGCUGUGGUUCGAGUUGGUAUCUUCACCGGUGCCCGUGUCUUCUUUGUCCAUGAGGGUUAUCAAGGCCUGGUGGAUGGUGGAGAUCACAUCAAGGAAGCCACCUGGGAGAGCGUUUCGAUGAUGCUUCAGCUGGGAGGCACGGUGAUUGGAAGUGCCCGGUGCAAGGACUUUCGGGAACGAGAAGGACGACUCCGAGCUGCCUACAACCUGGUGAAGCGUGGGAUCACCAAUCUCUGUGUCAUUGGGGGUGAUGGCAGCCUCACUGGGGCUGACACCUUCCGUUCUGAGUGGAGUGACUUGUUGAGUGACCUCCAGAAAGCAGGUAAGAUCACAGAUGAGGAGGCUACGAAGUCCAGCUACCUGAACAUUGUGGGCCUGGUUGGGUCAAUUGACAAUGACUUCUGUGGCACCGAUAUGACCAUUGGCACUGACUCUGCCCUGCACCGGAUCAUGGAAAUUGUAGAUGCCAUCACUACCACUGCCCAGAGCCACCAGAGGACAUUUGUGUUAGAAGUAAUGGGCCGCCACUGUGGAUACCUGGCCCUUGUCACCUCUCUGUCCUGUGGGGCCGACUGGGUUUUUAUUCCUGAAUGUCCACCAGAUGACGACUGGGAGGAACACCUUUGUCGCCGACUCAGCGAGACAAGGACCCGUGGUUCUCGUCUCAACAUCAUCAUUGUGGCUGAGGGUGCAAUUGACAAGAAUGGAAAACCAAUCACCUCAGAAGACAUCAAGAAUCUGGUGGUUAAGCGUCUGGGAUAUGACACCCGGGUUACUGUCUUGGGGCAUGUGCAGAGGGGUGGGACGCCAUCAGCCUUUGACAGAAUUCUGGGCAGCAGGAUGGGUGUGGAAGCAGUGAUGGCACUUUUGGAGGGGACCCCAGAUACCCCAGCCUGUGUAGUGAGCCUCUCUGGUAACCAGGCUGUGCGCCUGCCCCUCAUGGAAUGUGUCCAGGUGACCAAAGAUGUGACCAAGGCCAUGGAUGAGAAGAAAUUUGACGAAGCCCUGAAGCUGAGAGGCCGGAGCUUCAUGAACAACUGGGAGGUGUACAAGCUUCUAGCUCAUGUCAGACCCCCGGUAUCUAAGAGUGGUUCGCACACAGUGGCUGUGAUGAACGUGGGGGCUCCGGCUGCAGGCAUGAAUGCUGCUGUUCGCUCCACUGUGAGGAUUGGCCUUAUCCAGGGCAACCGAGUGCUCGUUGUCCAUGAUGGUUUCGAGGGCCUGGCCAAGGGGCAGAUAGAGGAAGCUGGCUGGAGCUAUGUUGGGGGCUGGACUGGCCAAGGUGGCUCUAAACUUGGGACUAAAAGGACUCUACCCAAGAAGAGCUUUGAACAGAUCAGUGCCAAUAUAACUAAGUUUAACAUUCAGGGCCUUGUCAUCAUUGGGGGCUUUGAGGCUUACACAGGGGGCCUGGAACUGAUGGAGGGCAGGAAGCAGUUUGAUGAGCUCUGCAUCCCAUUUGUGGUCAUUCCUGCUACAGUCUCCAACAAUGUCCCUGGCUCAGACUUCAGCGUUGGGGCUGACACAGCACUCAAUACUAUCUGCACAACCUGUGACCGCAUCAAGCAGUCAGCAGCUGGCACCAAGCGUCGGGUGUUUAUCAUUGAGACUAUGGGUGGCUACUGUGGCUACCUGGCUACCAUGGCUGGACUGGCAGCUGGGGCCGAUGCUGCCUACAUUUUUGAGGAGCCCUUCACCAUUCGAGACCUGCAGGCAAAUGUUGAACAUCUGGUGCAAAAGAUGAAAACAACUGUGAAAAGGGGCUUGGUGUUAAGGAAUGAAAAGUGCAAUGAGAACUAUACCACUGACUUCAUUUUCAACCUGUACUCUGAGGAGGGGAAGGGCAUCUUCGACAGCAGGAAGAAUGUGCUUGGUCACAUGCAGCAGGGUGGGAGCCCAACCCCAUUUGAUAGGAAUUUUGCCACUAAGAUGGGCGCCAAGGCUAUGAACUGGAUGUCUGGGAAAAUCAAAGAGAGUUACCGUAAUGGGCGGAUCUUUGCCAAUACUCCAGAUUCGGGCUGUGUUCUGGGGAUGCGUAAGAGGGCUCUGGUCUUCCAACCAGUGGCUGAGCUGAAGGACCAGACAGAUUUUGAGCAUCGAAUCCCCAAGGAACAGUGGUGGCUGAAACUGAGGCCCAUCCUCAAAAUCCUAGCCAAGUACGAGAUUGACUUGGACACUUCAGACCAUGCCCACCUGGAGCACAUCACCCGGAAGCGGUCCGGGGAAGCUGCUGUCUAAACCUCUCUGGAGUGAGGGGAAUAGAUUACCUGAUCAUGGUCAGCUCACACCCUGAUAAGUCCACAUCUUCUCAGUGUUUUAGCUGUUUUUUUCAUUAGGUUUCCUUUUAUUCUGUACCUUGCAGCCAUGAUCAGUUCUGGCCAGGAGCUGGAGGAGCAGGCAGUGGUUGGGAGCUCCUUUUAGGUAGAAUUUAACAUGACUUCUGCCCCAGCUUUAUCUGUCACACAAGGCUGGGCACCUCUAGUGCUACUGCUAGAUAUCACUUACUCAGUUAGAAUUUUCCUAAAAAUAAGCUUUAUUUAUUUCUUUGUGAUAACAAAGAGUCUUGGUUCCUCUACUACUUUUACUACAGUGACAAAUUGUAACUACACUAAUAAAUGCCAACUGGUCACUGUG